AUGCUGCACAGAGAAUCCAUAGAUAUAUGUGGUAUCUCAGAACAUUGGCUAAAGGAAAGCGACCUACAUUUUUUAAACAGUAUUGAUGCCAAUUAUGACUCUCAUGGGUCAUUUGAUCGUGAUCUGACUAUUUUAGGCCGCAGGAAAGUAGGUAAAUGCGGUGUUUGCUUACUGUGGAAAAAGCAGUACAGUGAAAUUAUAUCACGCUUAACGUUAGAUAAUGAAGAUCGAAUUAUUGGCAUACAGGUAAAAACUAACCCGAAUAAUUUUUUGUUUGUGUUUCAAGUUUACCCCCCUUGUUCUAACCAUAGUAUUGACCUGUAUAGGGAUUAUAUUGACAAAAUUGAGGAUCUUUUGUCAAUGUAUGCGGAAAAAGGUACCGUUAUAUUAGUGGGCGAUUUUAACUCUGAUAUUUCAGAAAGUUCUAGUCGUUCUAAAUAUCUUUGUUCUCUACUGCAGAGGUUAAAUCUUAGUUCUGUUAAUUCACAGAGUAUUUGUAAAGGCGCAAAGUACACAAAUGUUAAUUAUAAUGGUGCCUCAGAAUCCCUUAUUGAUCAUGUACUUUUGCCUGUAGAAAAAGUAGAUCUCGUUACCCGAUGUGAAAUCCUUGAGGAUAAUGCUUUGAAUGUUUCCAGCCACAGAGCUAUUGUAUGUAGUUUACAUGUGCAAAUGUGUUAUUUACAGACACCGCCAUGUCCUGUCCAUGUAAUAAACUGGAAAAAGGUCAGUGAAACCCAAAAAGAGGGUUAUAUAAAUCGGUUAAAAGAAAAUGAAACUCUCCUUACGUUGUUAGACUCUGAAAUAAAGUCGAAAAACGAUACUGACUUAUUUUACAAAAGUGUUGUUGAAACUUUUAACGAUAUCAAUAAAGUUUGCUUUCCAAAAAUUAAAUUCAAACACUUUUUGAAGCCUUAUUGGGACAAUGACCUUAAGGAAGCUAACAAGCUCUGUAAACUAAAACGGUGGUCUUGGAUUCUAGCUGGGGGUUAUAGAUACGGUAAUGAGUUCACAGAGUAUAAAGCUGCUAAAAAACAUUUUCGAUAUUUGCAUAGAAUGAAAGUUAGCAAUUUUAUUGCAAAAACUCAUGAAGAGAUUGAUAAAUCUGCUGAAGUUGAUAGUGCUUACUUUUGGAGAUUAAUAAAUAAUAGGAAAAAACUGUCAAACACAGCUUCCGGUAGCGAAUUAAUCUUUGACAAUUGUGUUUAUAGGGACCCGAAAGAUAUAAAUAAACAGUGGGCUAGUUAUUAUAAGAAUUUAUACUCACCAUCCGAAUCCCAUACAUUUGUUCAGCAAUAUCGAGAUUCUAUAGAGGCUGAUCUUGAUGUGAUUAAUGACACGGUUGUUCGGCAGGAUGUUGACAUGUCAACAUUAAUACCCAUAACGUAG